AUGAAGUCCAGUCCUGCCAUCCAAGCUGCCAUUGACCUCACAGCGGGGGCUGCAGUGAAGAUACAGACGUUCCCUGACCUGUACCGGGGCCUCACCGACUGCUGCCUGAAGACCUACUCCCAGGUGGGCUUCCGCGGCUUCUACAAGGGGACCAGCCCAGCGCUGAUCGCCAACAUCACCGAGAACUCGGUCCUCUUCAUGUGCUACGGCUUCUGCCAACAGGUGGUGUGGAAGGUGGUUGGAUUGGAGAAGCAGGCCAGGCUGAGCACAGUCUGGUCCGUGGGGAAGAGCGUCCUCAGGAAGGACCGCCCCUUGGGCUUCUACCACGGCCUCUCCAGCACCUUACUCUGAGAGGUGCCCGGCUAUUUCCUCCUCUUUGGCGGCUCCGAGCUGAGCAGGUCGUUUUUUGCAUCAGGAAGAGCGAAGGAUGAGCUAGGCCCUGUCCCUUUGAUGUUAAGCGGUGGAGUUGGUGGGAUCUGCCUCUGGCUUGCUGUAUACCCAGUGGAUUGCGUCAAAUCCAGAUUUCAAGUUCUUUCCAUGUCUGGAAAACAGGCAGGAUUUAUCGGAACCUUUAUAAGCAUUGUGAAAAAUGAAGGAAUAACGGCCUUAUAUUCUGGACUGAAACCCACAAUGAUCCGAGCGUUCCCUGCCAAUGGGGCGCUCUUUCUGGCCUACGAAUACAGCAGGAAGCUGAUGAUGAGCCAGUUCGAAGCCUACUGAAGUGUCCUGGUGAAACGAGGUUCAAGUCUAGGCACGUGACCACGACAGGUCCUCUAAGGGUUUCACGGAGUACAAGACCAAUGGGGAAUUAUUUUGGUUUCAUAGGAGUUCUAUUUUUUUGGUCUUCCCUUAUACUCUAAAUCUUAAACUUUCUGAAAAGGGCCUCCAUUUUAUCCUAUUAAUUUCUGCCCAUAAUCGUACUGAAAUUGAACUCAGUUGUUGCUCUUGGACUUGGUGGGACAUUUAGGGUGAGCCGCCGGCCUUGCACAGGAUCUGAAAGGCUAAAAAUAGUUCUCUCGGGACUUUGCAUAAACCUGUAUGUGUCCGUGCAGCUUGCAUGGUUACAUGUUAGUAAGGAGUCAUUUGGUUCCAUGUUUAAUUCUCAGAUCUCACCAGAAAAACUCUGAGGUAACCAUGUUUCAUGAAGAUGACUGUGAGUGAUUCCUUACUCUAGAUGUAAGCUCUCAUUUAGAACCUUAGUACAUGCACUGUGCUAAGUGACUGAAGUUCAGUUUUUCUGUGGUGCUUGACAACUGAACUAUCUGUGUAGAUUUUGUAGAGGAGAACAUAUCUGCAAACUGGUGUGGCUUCCAUGUUCACGAUUUAAGUUAGGAGUAAGCCUCUUGGACUUUCCCAAGAUGUUGUACUGUUAAAAUAGUGCCAUUCACUUCCUAGGUGGGAUCAUCUUGACCCCUGACACAUUGUGAGGUGUGGUGAGAGCAGCACGCCCCUCACCUGUGCUAGCUCCCCUUCUCUCCCAAAGAACUCCCCCUCUGCUGGACCAUAGGUUGAGGGACGUCCUGAGGGGAGGGGGCCCUGCUGCUGUGCUUUGAGAAGGCCCAUGACCGCCAGCGGACCUGCUCUUCCGUCUCUGGGUCCUGGCCUGGGUAGGAUUGCAGAUUAUUUCUUUGGACCGUCUAUGGCCUGCUGAUGCACUUUGGCCCACUCACUCACUCACUGCCUCCACCGACCAGAAACCCUUCCCGGGAGCAGAGUGCCAAAGCCAAGAGAAGCCCUUGUUCCCUGUCUGGUGCCUGAAGGAGAGUGCUCGCGGGCAAGGUCCUCUUUUGGAUGGAAUUGGACAGAACCGAGGGCUUGUCCUCCACAAUGAGUGAUGUUGGGGUGACCCCUUUGUUUACAUUUAUCUCAGGAUCGCUAACUGCCAUGUUUCUUAUUGGGUU